AUGUCGGCCCUCGGCGUACAUCAGAGCGAUGCGCUCAAUCGCAUCUUUGCUGGCCUCAAGAGCAGAGACGAAGCUACACGCCAAGCAGCGGGCGAAGAGCUGAAGUCCCACGUCGCCUUUGUCGUCUCGGAACUCAAGGGCGACAGCCUCUCCACCUUCAACAACGACCUCCACCGCAGAAUCUUCGAGCUCACUCACAGUCAACAUGUUCACGAAAAGCUCGGCGGUAUCAUCGCCAUCGAGGAUGUCAUCGAGCAGGAGAGCGAGGACAACAGCGCGCGUCUGUACCGAUUCUACCAAUACCUCAAACCUAACCUGCCAUGCAACGACGCCUCGGUCAUGAUUGCUGCUUCGCGCGCUCUUGGAAGAGUCGCGUAUCACGGUGGUCAGUCGCUCGGAGAACAGUUCAUAGAGUUCGAAGUGCUGCGUGCGCUCGACUUCCUCCAAGCAGGCGACCGCAACGAGUCGGGUCGAUACGCUGCCGUACUCAUCAUCCGCGAGAUGGCCAAAAAGGUGCCGCAGCAGUUCCAUCCCUAUGUUCCUCGUGUCCUCGACCGUAUUUGGGUCGCUUUGCGCGAUGUUCGUGUCAUCGUCAGGGAAGGCGCCGCAGAAGCCAUGGGUGCCUGUCUUGGCAUCAUCGCUGCUCGUGAAAAGCAGAUGGGCAGCCACUUUUUCGAGUCCAUCUACGAAGAAGCCGAGAAGGGUCUCAAGAUGAGCGCCGCCGAGGCCAUCCACGGCAGUCUGCUUGCCGUGCAGCAGCUUCUCCAGCAUUCUAAGACCUUCAUGCGCAACCGCUUCCAGCGCGCCUGCGAGCUCGUCUUCCGUCUGCACAAGCAUCGCGAUCCGCUCAUCCGCCGCACCAUCACCAAUCUCGUUCCCGUCUUGGCCCGCUACGACCCACACUACUUUGCCGAAGAGCAUCUCGGCGCCGUCAUGGGCAUCCUCACCGAGCAGUUGCGCAAGGAAAAGGACCGAUCGCCCAAGGAGUCCGCGCAGACGUUCGAGACGAUUGGCUUUGUCGCCGCUGCCAUGGGACCUCGGAUGAAGCCCUUUAUCGAGCCUGUUUUGGCCUGCGUCAAGGAAGGCCUGCAGAUGCGCGGCAAGAAGAAUGCUCCUCCAGAAGGUCCUAUCUUCCUCUGCGUCGGCAAUCUGGCCACGGCCGUCGGUCCACACCUCACACGGUACAUGCAUGAUCUGCUCGACCUCAUGUUCUCCUGCGGACUCAGCAUCCCGCUCGUCACAGCGCUGGAUGGCAUCGUCAAGGCUAUUCCACCACUCAUGAAGGUGGUGCAGGAUCGUCUGUUGGACAUGCUGUCCAUGACACUCAUCGGCCAACCCUACCGUCCGCUAGGCGCACCAGCGAGUCUGCGCCCCUCGGCCAAUGCGAAUCGUGACGUCGUGUCCGCUCAGAACGUCGAGUCGAAAGGUGUCGAAACCAUCACCGUAGCGCUGCAGACGCUAGGCAGAUUCGAUUUUCAAGGCCACAUUCUCAACGAGUUUGUCCGCAACUGCACCCUGCCUUACCUCGAAGAUGACCAUGCUGCAGUGCGUCAAGCUGCCGCCGAGACAUGCGCGGAUCUGUUUGUCAACGAUCCCAUCUGCCGUCAGACCAGCAUGCAUGCCAUCGAGGUUGUUAACGAUGUGCUCGACAAGCUCAUGACCGUAGGCAUCGCUGACCCGGACCCGGAGCUUCGUUGGACUGUACUCAGCAAGUUCGGCGCGCAGGAGCAAUUCGACCGCCAUCUCGCGCAGUCCGAGUACGUGCGUUCGCUCUUUAUCGCGCUCAACGACGAAAAGUUCAAGGUGCGCGAGGUGGCCAUCGUCAUUAUCGGUCGUCUGGCCAAGCACAAUCCAGCCUACGUGAUGCCGUCGCUCCGCAAGGCACUGAUCCAAUUGCUGACCGAGCUCGAGUACUCGACCGUCAGCAGGCACAAGGAGGAGGCUGCCAAGCUGUUGACAGAGGUCGUGCGCGCUUCACAACGACUCGUCAAGUCGUAUGCUUUGCCCAUGCUCGAGGUGCUGCUGCCUAAGGCGAAUGAUCCCAGCGUGGGCGUUGCCGCAAGGGUCAUGGAGUGUCUCGGUGAGCUCGCAAGGGUGGGAGGCGAAGACCUCGCGCCCCAUGUGGAUCAGCUGAUGCGUCUAGCCAUCGACCAGCUCUCUAGCACUGCGCCUGGUUCAUCCACCGCAAAGCGAGAUGCAGCGCUCAAAACUUUGGGUCUCGUCGCUUCCAAUACCGGUCACGUUGUCAACCCGUACCUCACAUACCGGAACCUGCUCGGCACCAUCGUCAAGAUUCUCAAGACCGAGCAAUCAAAACCCGUCCGUCGCGAAACGAUCCGCGUCAUGGGCAUCCUCGGUGCCUUGGACCCCUACAGAUACAAGCUGCUAGAAAAGAAUGGUGACGAGGGCCAGGACGAGACGGCCAAAGGAAGCGGAACGGAUCUCUUUGAACUUGCGUUGGCCAUCGGUACUUCGACAGACGACUAUUAUCAGAACAUCGCCAUCGAUGCACUCAUCACCAUCCUCCAAGACCCUUCGCUCUCGACGCACCACCACGCCGUCAUCGAAGCCAUCAUGUACAUGUUCAAGACGCAGGGUCUGAAGUGCGUCACUUUCUUGCCGCAGAUCAUCCCGGCCUUCCUCAACGUCAUUCGCACGUGCGGCACGGGUCUCUCGGAGUUCUACUUCCAGCAGCUUGCCAUCCUCAUCUCGAUCAUCAAGCAGCACGUCCGCAGCUAUCUCGAGCCCAUCUUUGAGCUGGUGCAGGAAAACUGGAAUCCCAACUCGAGUAUUCAGCUGACCAUCGUCUCGCUUGUCGAAGCCGUUGCAAAGGCGCUCGAAGGCGAGUUCAAAUCGUAUCUGCCCAUCUUGCUACCCAACAUGCUGCAGACGCUCGACGGCGAGAUCACCAGCAAGCGUCAGCCCACGUUGCUUCGCAUUCUGCAGGCUUUCUAUGUGUUUGGCUCCAAUAUCGAGGAGUACCUGCACCUGGUGUUGCCGGUUGUUGUCAAGAUGUUCGAGCGUCCAGAUGAUUCACAAACGCUCCGCCGUGCUGCGAUUCUGACCGUGGGCAACCUGUCGCGCAAGGUCAGCUUCUGCGACCACGCCUCGCGCGUCAUUCACCCGCUCGUUCGCGUGCUGCCCUCCGGGACCACCGACAUCCGCAAUGCCGUCAUGGAGACUUUAUCGGCGUUGGUCGUCCAGCUCGGUGCUUCGUACGCCAUCUUUAUCCCCGUUGUCAAUAAGGUGCUUGUGCAGAAUCGCAUCCAGCAUGCGACGUACGAUCAACUCGUCACCAAGCUGCUCAACGGCGAACGCCUUCCUCAGGAUCUGUCCGCCGCUGACAAUGCACUCGGCAGCAAGGUCGACGAGUCACCCCAAGCCGAAGCCAACAAGAUGACUGUCAACCAGCAGCAUCUCAAGCAGGCUUGGGACACGUCCAAGGUUUCGACCAGCGAGGAUUGGCAAGAGUGGCUGAGGAGGAUGGCCGUCGAGUUCAUGCGUGAAUCGCCUAGCCAUGCAUUGAGAGCGUGCAGAAGCCUUGCAGAUGUCUAUCCAGCCUUGGCGUACGGCCUCUUCAAUGUCGCCUUUGUCUCGUGCUGGACCGAGCUCUACGAGCAGUACCAGAGCGACUUGGUCAAGGCGCUCGAGACGGCAUUCGACGCGCCCGAGGUGCCUGGUGAUGUGGUGCACAUGCUGCUCAACCUGGCCGAGUUCAUGGAGCACGACGACAAGGCGUUGCCCAUCAACAUCCGCGUCCUUGGCGACCGCGCCUACAAGUUUCACAGCUAUGCAAAGGCACUCCACUACAAGGAGGCCGAAUUCCUUACGGAUCCUUCGCCGCAGGUCGUUGAGAGUCUUAUUGACAUCAACACCAAGCUGCAGCAGUCGGACGCCGCAUUCGGUGCGCUCACAUAUGCUCGCGAGCAUCUUGACAUCACUCACCAUGAAGAGUGGUAUGAAAAGCUGCACCGCUGGGAGGAGGCCUUGUCGGCGUACGACCGCAAGGCGAUGCUCGAUCCAGACGACUACGCCGUGGCGUUCGGCAAAAUGCGCUGUCUGCACGCCUUGGGAGAAUGGGAGCACCUCUCGGAUCUCGUGCAGCAGAAAUGGGGCAGGGCUGACAUGGAGGACCGCCGCCACAUGGCGCCUCUGGCCGCUGCAGCCGCCUGGUCGCUUGGCCAGUGGGACUCGAUGGACGACUACAUCUCGGCCAUGCGUUCUGAUUCGUCUGAAAGAUCUUUCUACCGAGCCAUUCUGCACACACACCGUUCGCAGCGAGCAGCGGCCAACAAGCAGAUUGCCAAGGCGCGAGAGUCGCUCGACUCGGAACUCACUGCGCUCAUCAGCGAGAGCUACGGCCGAGCGUACGAUCUCAUGGUGCGCACUCAGAUGCUUUCCGAGCUCGAAGAGGCGUUGGCCUACAAGCUCGACUACAAAGAGCAGCCUGACCGUCAGGCUACCAUCCGCUCGACGUGGAUGAAGCGACUCAAGGGUUGCCAGCCCGAGGUCGAGGUGUGGCAGCGCAUCUUGUCGGUGCGGUCCAUCGUGCUGACUCCGGCCGACGAUACCGAGACGUGGAUCAAAUUUGCCAAUCUGUGUCGCAAGUCUGGCCGAAUGGUGCUGGCCGAGAAGACGCUCAACUCGCUGUUGGGUCCUGAGCGAACCAAUACUGACCCGAGGUCGCCCAUCGGUCCCAGGGCACCGCCUCCGGUCAUCUACGCUCACCUCAAGUUCAUGUGGGCAUCUGGCGCCAGGAUUGAGUCGCUCAGCUACCUGCAGGACUUUACGCUCCAUCUGGCUGAGGACCUUGGUGUCCACACCGUGGACGAGCACGGUAAUCUGAUCACGCAGGACUGGCAGUCGUCGCCACGGCUCGGCGAGUUUGCACGUCUGUUGGCGCGUUGCUUCUUCAAGCAAGGUGAAUGGCAGAUGUCGUUGCGCGAGAACUGGGUCACGGACGAUAAUAGCAAUGUCAUUGAGAGCUACCGCAGAGCAACGGAGUUGGACAGGAAUUGGUACAAGGCAUGGCACGCUUGGGCGCUGGCGAAUUUCGAGAUCAUCUCGCACCACGAGGAGAGGAACGAGCAGAUCACCCCGCAGAUGAUUGCGGCCAGCAUCGUGCCGUCCGUGCAGGGCUUCUUCCGCUCGAUCGCACUGGCGAGCGGCAACUCGUUGCAGGAUACGCUGCGCUUGCUCACCUUGUGGUUCAAGUACGGCCAUCAGGAGGAUGUCUCGCAGGCGGUGAGCGAAGGAUUUGCAAGUGUCAUUGUCGACACGUGGCUCGAGGUGAUUCCGCAGAUCAUUGCACGUAUUACUGCGCCCUCGCCGCGUGUGCGGCGUCUGAUCCACAACCUGCUGUCGGAUGUCGGUCUUGCACACCCGCAGGCGCUCGUGUACCCGCUCACGGUAGCUGCCAAGAGUCCCAGCCACAUGCGUAUCCAAGCUGCGAUGGGUAUCAUGGACAACGUGCGCGAGCAUUCGCCCGUUCUGGUGGAGCAGGCGCUGCUUGUAUCGAACGAGCUCAUUCGCGUGGCUAUCCUGUGGCACGAGAUGUGGCACGAAGGGCUCGAAGAGGCAUCCAGGCUGUACUUCACCGAGCACAACAUCGACGCCAUGUUUGCCACGCUCGAGCCGCUGCACGAUGCACUGGAAAAGGGUCCCGAGACGUUGCGCGAGACGUCGUUCGCCCAGACGCACGGCCGCGAUCUCGCCGAGGCGAGGGAAUGUGGACGUCGCUUCAGGCAGUACGGCGACAUUUCGGAUCUCAACCAGGCGUGGGAUCUCUACUACCACGUGUUCAAGAAGAUCACCAAGCAGCUGCCGGCGGGCAACUCGGUGCAGCUGGAUCUUCAGUACGUUUCGCCCAAGCUUUUGGCGAUGCGCGACCUGGAGCUGGCGGUGCCCGGAACGUACCAGUCUGGCAAGCCGAUUGUGUGCAUUACGCGGUUCGAGCAGAUUGUGCUGGUCAUCGCAUCCAAGCAGCAUCCCCGACGUCUCAAGAUGAAGGGCUCGGACGGCAAGACGUACCAGUAUCUGCUCAAGGGUCACGAGGACUUGCGACAGGACGAACGUGUCAUGCAGCUCUUCGGUCUGGUCAACACGCUGCUGUCGAUCGACUCGGAGAGUUACAAGCGCCGACUCGAGAUUCGGCGAUUCCCUGUCAUCCCGCUCUCGCCCAACACGGGCAUGCUUGGCUGGGUCGAGAACACGGAUACGCUGCACGUGCUCAUCAAAGAGUACCGCGAGCAGCACAAGAUCUUGCUCAACAUCGAGCACCGGCUGAUGCUGCAGAUGGCGCCGGACUACGACCACCUCACGCUGAUGCAGAAAGUGGAAGUGUUCGAGUACGCGCUCGACAACACGCCGGGCCAAGAUCUGUACCGUGUGCUGUGGCUCAAGUCGCGCAAUUCCGAGUCGUGGCUGGAGCGCCGUCUGGCGUACACGCGCUCUCUGGCCGUAUCGUCGGUUGCGGGCUACAUCUUGGGCCUGGGCGAUCGCCACCCGUCGAACCUGUUGCUGGAUCGCUUGACAGGCCAAAUUGUGCAUAUCGAUUUCGGCGACUGUUUCGAGAUCGCGUGUCACCGCCCCAAGUUCCCCGAGAAAGUGCCGUUCCGCUUGACACGCAUGUUGGUCAAUGCGAUGGAGGUGGGCGGAAUCAAGGGCACGUUCAAGGUGACGGCGGAGAACACGAUGAGGGUGUUGCGCGACAACAAGGAGUCGGUGCUGGCGCUGCUCGAGGCGUUUGUGCAUGAUCCGUUGAUCUCGUGGCGACUGGUGGCGGACGAUGCGGAGCAGCAGAGGGCGCCGGAUGCACAGGAGAACGAGGCGGCGGCUACGGCGGGCAACGAUGCAGCUGGCUCGGCGGCGGCGGCGGGUGGAGCGGGGACAGGCGCGGUGACGGGGGCAGCCAACGUGGGAGCCUCGGGAACCGUCGCGCCGAAUCAGCGUCAGCAGGACGCCUCCCAAGCCGGCACCGGUGCCGGCGCACCCGGCACAACAAAUGUCCCAGGAGGAGGAGGCGCCAUCGCCGCCGCCGUCCCUGCAGGCCCGUCCGCUGCCGUCGCAGGUGGCGCUCCCCCCACAGCCGUUGCACCAGCUGCCGCCGCCGCCGCAGCAGCAGGCCACGACAUGCGCAACCAGCGCGCGCUCGAAGUUGUCCGUCGCAUCCAGAACAAGCUCAGCGGCCGAGACUUCAACCCCGCCGAGAGCCUCAGCGUCUCGGCCCAGAUCGAAAGGCUCGUCCAGGACGCCACGAGCAAGGAGAACCUGUGCGUCGCGUUUGUUGGCUGGUGUUCGUUCUGGUAA